GUUAGGCGAAACUCAGACACCCGAGUUAUAAAAUAAUUAAAAAAAAAAGAUUUGCCCGGCGAUCCCAACGGUCGAUUCAAACACCCCCACGAACUCAGUCAACCGUCCUCCCCACCCCCAAAAUGGCCGCCGCACCGUCCGGCCCGCCGACCGACUCGCCGGUCCACGACCCAGAUCUCGACAACCUUGUCAGCCUCGUCGCGGAUAUCCCAGUCGAGAUCGUGAGCGACGACGAGAUGGCCCUCCUCGAGACCGCCCUCGCACUGGCCUCCUCCCGCGCCUCCCUCUCGUCUUCCUCCUCCCUUUUAUUCCAACGGAACGUCCGGUCGAUCUCGUCCCUGCCGAAGAGGCGGCUGUCGGGCUGCUCCGUUCCCGACAUCGAGGAUUCCAGCGACAGCGUUGCUAAGAAGAGCAGAGCUCCUCCGUCGCUCUUUCACCGGUUUAGGAAGAAAAAGGGCUUGUCCGUCACCGACAUUACUGCUACUGAAUGGUGUGAGAAGCAGAUGGAGUUUGUUCUUCUUCGGAGGAAGAAGAGGACUACGAAAGCCAUGAGGGCAGGCAGCGAGCGGCAUAAGAAACUCGAACAAGAGGUUGUGAAGAAAGUGAAGGUUCGAGUGAAGUCGACUGAAGACAGAUGGGCUAUGAGGUUCAUGAACUUCAUAAUUGGUGCAAAUCAGUUGUUGUUCGACGGGUUAACCCGUGAACUGCCUCUAAUAGGGUUCGUCCAAGGUGCUUGGAUGGUGGGAGUGAUUGACGAGAUACAGAUGCCCGUCUCUGAAUCUGAGAGAAUCCCGAUAUUGGUGGACACUAAAACUCGUGUUCGAAAUACACUUCCAGCAGAGCCUCAGAGGAGAAAUGGAAGGCUUCAACUAAUGUGCUACAAGUACAUGUGGGAUGAUGCAGUGAACGAUAACUUCCCUACCAAGAAGUUCUUUGAUUUCUUUAAUUUGAAUCCUUACCUUUUGCUAUCCAAAGAGAUCAGGGAGAGUGCUGCUAACUCCGGUUUUCCUGCAGAGACGCUCGACGAGAUUGUGAGAUAUUAUCGGAACACAUGUAAGAUGCUGCCACCUGCUCACAGUCAGCUAUUACUGAGAUACGAAUUGCAGAGGGACCAUUCACUGCUCGGUGAAGACCAGUUCGAGUACAACCAUGAAUUGGUUGAGGGUCAGAUUCGGACAUGUCUGGAGUUCUGGUUCGGAGAAAGGGAAGCCAAUUACACUCCCGAUGAAGAGUGCUGGAAAUGCCGAUUUUGUGACUUUGCUGCAGAAUGUCGUGUAAUAACUGCCGGAAAAGGGGCUUCAAGCUCCACAGAUUCUAGCCUUAGCACAAUGUCAAGCUGAAGAAACUCAUCGUUUCCAUGCUGUCAAAAAGCAGCUGUUUUUUUUUCGAGCUGCUUUCACAUGAUAGCCUCUCCAGGUUUCAUCGAUAGAUAGAUUAGUAUUCAUUAAUCUAUUGUUUGUAGUAUUUAUUUGUUGUUUGAUUCCAAGUGUAAAAUGAAAAUAUUUCUUUUGCAUUAUGAUGUCUUGAGUUCGGUGGUUUGUUUUGUGUCAUCGAAUUUGCAAGUGAUGUAAAUUCCUAAAAUGACAUUUAUAUGAUAUGAUACCUUGUAAUUUCGUAAUA